AUGGAAAACGACAGUGGGUUUUGUUCAGACUGCAAGGCAUACACAGACGUUGUACUCGACCACCGGUCCGGUGACACAAUCUGCACCGAAUGCGGACUGGUUCUUGAAGAACGCGCUCGCUCCGACCCUAUAACGGACAAUGGUGUUCUUACCGUUAACGUUUCGAACGACAACAAGAAGGCUGUUUCUUGUGCUCUUCCUCGGCUCCACAAGACUCUCCGAAACCCAGACAAGUCUCUCCACAUUGCUUUUGAGUCCCUUGGUGUGAUGGCCGACCGGCUAGCACUCGUUGCCACGAUACGAGACCAUGCCAAAGAGGUGUACAAGAAGGCCGACAAUCGCAAGUUUUGUCGGGGAAGAAACUGUGAUGCUAUAAUGGCUGCAUGCCUCUUUCUUGCUUGCCAAGAAAAGGGUUUUCCCCGAACUCUAAAGGAAAUCGCGACGGUUGCCAAUGGUGCCUCAAGAAAAGAAAUCAACAGAAUGAAAGAGCUCUUGAAGAAAGUACUAGAAGUUGAUUCGAAGACUACAAAUGUCGGGGAUCUUUCACGGCGGUGCUGCUCCAGGAUUGGUAUGGCGAAUCAAGAUAUGAAGGCUGUGUUGGAAACUCUGAACAAGUCGGAAGAGGUUGAUGUAAGGAGAAGCCCUCAGUCUGCUUUGGCAGCGGUUAUGUACAUGAUAGCUCAGCUCUCCAAUGACAAGUCAACUCGAGAUUUGACUCUUCAAGAUGUCUCACAAGCAGCUGAUGUUGCGGUAGCGACAACUGAGAAGGCAUACAAAGAUCUAUAUCCCUAUGCUUCAAGGAUAAUACCCAACUGGUUUGUCAAGUUGGAGGACCUCAAGAAACUUUGCGUCCCUUGA